CCAGCAAAUUGAGAAAGUCAGCGCUACGUUAAAGCGUCUCACCAAUAGCAAUCUCUUGCCACAUGAAGGGAGGAUAGAGUCUGCUGGAAAUACAUUCCCUGUUUCUGUAACAACAUCUUCAGUUGUCUGUCCUCUUCGAGGGAUAUUUUUACUGGAUAUAGAAUUUGGAUAGAGAACAAGUCCUUCAGUAAGAAAAGAAGCAGUGUCUACAAAUGGAGAACAACUUCCUUUCUAAGAAAGUGCCAGGCUUCUUUUCCUGUCGCUAUGGAAUGUCCCUGAUCCUGCACUUCUGCAAUAUGGUAAUCGUAACACAGCGUGUGUGUCUGAGUCUCACAAUGGUGGUGAUGGUGAAUAACACACAAAGUCUGACCAAUGUGUCCUCAGAGGCGAAUCCACGCAGCACAAUGGACCCUGUCUAUAACUGGAGCCCUGAUAUACAAGGAUUCAUCUUAAGUUCCAACUUCUAUGGCGCACUGGUUGUUCAAAUUCCUAUUGGAUACUAUUCUGGAAUAUACUCUGUAAAAAAAAUAAUUGCCUGUGGGUUGUUGCUCAGCUCUGUGUGUACUCUGUGCACCCCAUUAGCUGCUCAGGUUGGAGCGACUUUGGUCAUUGUGUGUCGAGUGGUCCAAGGGAUGGCCCAGGGAACAGUAUUAUCAGGCCAGCAUCAAAUAUGGACCAGGUGGGCCCCUCCUUUGGAACAAGGUCGACUCACAACUAUAAGUGCCUCAGGGGCUAUGCUGGGACCCUUCAUUGUCCUGCUUGUCACUGGAUUCAUCUGUGAGCUUCUAGGCUGGAUCUCAGUCUUCUAUAUUUUUGGUGCUUGUGGCUGUGUUGUAUGUAUUUUCUGGCUUGUUGUGUUUUACGAUGACCCAAAGGAUCACCCAUGUAUAAGCAACACUGAGAAAAACUACAUCACAUCAUCCCUCGCCCAGGUCAGCUCAAGUAGUGUGACGACUCUGCCCAUCAAAGCUAUGCUGCAGUCUCUCCCAGUCUGGGCCAUUGCCUUCUGUAAUUUUGCUAUUGUCUGGGCACAUAAUUUUUUUAUUACAUACAACCCAAUAUUUAUCAACAGUGUACUUGAUGUUAACGUAAGAGAGAACGGGUUUCUGUCCGGCCUGCCCUUUCUAUUUGCCUUCAUCAUUACUAUCCUAGGAGGUCAGAUGGCAGAUUUCUGCCUGUCCAGGAAUAUUUUCAGCACCAUUACUGUCCGGAAAGUCUUCACUACACUAGGAAUGGUCUGUCCUAUUGUCUUCAGUAUAUGCCUACUCUACCUGAGUUUCAACUUUCUUAGCACCGUCAUCUUCCUGAUACUUAGUCAAGCAACAGCCUUCCUUGCUUUAAGUGGAGUCAAUAUAAAUGUCUUGGAUAUCGCUCCCAGAUAUUAUGGAUUUCUUAGAGGAGUUACAACUUUAACUGGAAUGCUAGGAGGCAUGAUUUCUUCAACUAUCGGUGGAUUGAUCCUUAAUGCGGAUCCAGAAACCCCAUGGUAUAAAAUCUACCUAAUGAUAGCAGCCAUUAAUGGGCUAGCUCUAGUUUUCUACCUUAUAUUUGCUAAAGCAGAAAUUCAGAACUGGGCUAAAGAUAGCCAAGAAACCCGACUUUGAAGGUGUUGAAUGGCAAUCGCUGUUAACAUCACAAAAAGAAAGACAUGAAGAUACUGUGUACCUCCUAAUGAGCCAUCCACGCUAAUGCCUUGCUAAGAGAAUAAAUUGAAUCCGAACAAACUGCAGUGUUAAACAAGUACUGAGAACAGAGAAUACAUUAAAUUAUAUUCCAAGGAUGUCAUCAAAGACAUAAAAUGUAGGAGCUUUUACAGGUCAAGGACUCAGAUCUUUCAUAAACUAUGAAGAAUAAAAGAUGACUCUCCUCAAGAUUAACAAGAACUUUAAAAGGGCGGAGGAUUUAGCUCAAUGGCAUAAGCACCUGCCUGGCAAGUGCAGGGUCCCCAGUACCAAAAUAAAUAAAUAAAUAAACAAACAAA